AUGAAAUUUUUUAAUAACUCCUUGAUUUAGCUAUCAAAUAAAGAUUUAUAUUUAUUAAAUAGACUCACAAUUUAAAAAAUUGUAGAUCUUACUUCAAGUUUCUGGUAGUAUAAAAAAGGAUACAAAAAAAUCGAUAAUUUAUAUGGCACGACUUGGAGUUAGCCAGAAUAAUACGAUAAAUAUAUUUGGCCUUUGGCUUUUUUUAAAAUUUUUUUCAAUAGAAUUAUAAAUUCUUAAUACUUAAAUGUUCGGUUUUUAUUUAAAAAUAAUUAUAUUGAAAAGAUGUGGAAAUUUUAAAAAAUUUUCUGGAUUCUGCCUUUUAUUCAGUUGUCCUUACUUUAAUAAAUACAGGAUAUAUAUAAUGUUUCUGAAAAUAAAUUUUACAAAGGCAUUUGGACGCUAGAAGAUAAAAAUCAUAAAAUCGAUGCUCAUUAAGUUUAAGGAUUGGUCAAAUUUUCUCAUAAUUCUAUUAUUUACAAAGGUUUCAGCAAUAAUGAUCAGCAAGAUGAACAGUUUUAUGGAGACAUAUCCCUUAAUGUCAAACUCUUCUCAAUGUAAUGUUUCAAUUAUAUCAAAGAGCAUUGAAAGGUAUUGGAAAUACACAUAUAAAAGCAGAUAAUGCUUACAUUCAGUGUAAAAAUGAAUUUACUAUAGAAAUUUAGGUGGAUAAUAAUACUAAAACAGUGUGUGAUAGAUAAUUAAUCGUUAUUUUUUAAUCCAGCAACCAUAAAUUACCUCAAUGCAAUUAAUUAUUGAAAUUUACUACACAAGCAAGCAAUGAAGAAAAUUAAAUAUAACUAAUUAUAACUGAGAAUAUUACUUUAAUCUUUUUCAUCUAUUAAUUAGUAUUGCCUUUUAUAUUUCGCAAAUUUGUUUUGCAUAAAAAGAUGAAAUUAAGCUAAGUAACAUAUGAAAUAUUUUUAGCUGUCUUUGAUAGCAUUAUUUAUUUAUUUUGAAGAUUUGGUGUUUAUAUAUGCAUUAAUUUUUAAUUUUGUAAAUAAUAUUGUUAAAAAUUUAGGAUGUUUAUUUUAACAAUAAUAUAAAUCUUGCUAUUUUCAUAAUUUAUAUCUUAUAAUGUAUAGUGCUCUUUGGGUUUGCUUCAUAUUUUCUUGAAGAAAAGGGGAAAAAUUGUAAAAUUAAAAAAAAUCAUCCUUGGACGUCACUGCCAAUAGUUCUGUGUAAAUAUUUUAACAACAUUUAGGUGUAAUAAUAGGAAUAUGUGCUGCCACUAUUUUUAUGGCUUUUUUAUGUUUUUACUUUUUGUUUUUUCAACUCAUCUAUGCUUUAGUUCUUUUUCCUUAAGUUAUACACAAUAUUAGAUGGAACUCUAUAGAGAAAUUUAAUUUAUUUUAUCUUUUUGGAUGUUUGUCAUCAGGAUUGCCUUUUUCAGUAUUUAUUUCAUAUUAAAAUAGACAUACUUGCAAUUUUAUUUAAGAAGCAUUAAUUCUCUAGAAUUCGAUUAUCUAUUUAUAAUAUUAUUUUACGGUAUUUAUCUCAUAUCUCUUUUGCUUCUUUAUUUACAAUAUAAAUAUGGAUCAAGAUGUGUAAUACCUAAAUGGAUAUUGAAUAAAUAUUAUUAGGAUUGUGCUAUUUGCAUGGAUUCUAUUUUAAUAGCUGAUAUGGAGAAUCAACUUUUGUUUUCCCCAGUUAUUUUGACAUAGUGUCAACACAAGUUUCAUGAAAAGUGUCUAAGAGAAUGGUUAUUAUAGAGGGAAGAUUGUCCGUUAUGUAGAACAAAGUUAGAUGAGAUGUAAUGA